AUGCAUGGAGCUAAAAAAUUAUUAACAUCUAAUAUAUGGAAACAAUUGCAACAGGCAUCAAGAACCAGAAGAGUCAUAAUAUUCGAAAAAAGUGAAACUGAAAGAGCAGUUAAAGAUCAACAACAGAUUAUGAACGAGUUGAUGGAAAAAAUACGUGAUUUGUAUUUGAGGGUUAAGAAGAGAGAAGAUCCUGAACAAACAGUUCUUUUUAUUGAAAAAUUGAAAAAUGAAUUGGGUGUAAUUAAGAUUCCCACAUCUGAAAAUAGAUAUUCAGAUGGAAUUGGCAAAUAUUUGCGUGCAAGUUGUGAAAGAAUUGGGUAUAGGGAUAGGAAUCGAUUCUCAAGCACAGAUUACGAUGAUGAUGAUGACGACGACGCAAGCGAUGACAUAACUGAUACUAAAGAUACUAUAAAGGCAAUUGAAGUAUUGUCAUCAGAUUGA